UCACUUCAGAAGCCCAUUUGCACUAUGCCCUACACAAACUGUUUGAAGAAACAUCCCACGAGACUCAUCUUUCCAUAUGCAAAUGCCAUCAUCCGGGCAUCUUUGGAGAAAGGCUCCCCACAGAAGUCACUGAUGGACUAUAGAACUAUGCUCCAUUUUACCGCAUUCUGCCCUGAUCACAGAACCUAUGCUCUCCUCCUCAGGGCUUGUUCGAAAUGUUCAGACAUCUAUGCUGCCAUGCAAAUUCAUUCACAUCUCACUAAAAUCGGGUUAAGUAAGCAAGAUAUUGUUGCUCCACUUUUGAGGUUGUAUAUUGAUCAUGGUCGCAUGAUGGAAGCACGUGAGCUAUUUUUGCCCAUGCUUGAGUGGAGUACUGAUCCUUUCCAUGGCAAUCUGAUGCUCACGGGAUUCUUGAAGGGUGGACAGCUAGACAAGGCAUAUCAGAUUUUCAAGAGGAUGCCUGUCAAGGACCUGGUCUCAUGGAAUUCAAUGAUUGCAGGUGCAGUAAGGAGCUCCCACCUAAAAGAUGCAAUGAAUCUUUUCAGCAGAUUGGUCAAUUCUGCCCUUGUCCCUGACGGUUUCUCAUUCUCUUCAGUCCUGUCUGCUUGUGCUCGAGCUGGUGCCCGCUCUUAUGGUGUGUGGGUUCAUCAGCUGAUGGAUGAACUGGGGGUGGAAAAGAAUCACAUUUUAGUGUCAGCACUGAUUGAUAUGUAUGCUAAAUGUGGAAGGAUUGAUGUAUCAGUUGACAUAUUCAACACAGUUAAGAGAAACCACGUGUCCACAUGGAACACAAUGAUUGGUAGCUUGGCAGCUCAUGGUCUUGGAUCUGAUGUGGUGAUACUGUUCCGCAGGAUGGAACAUGCAGGUGUGGUUCCUGAUGGGGUUACAUUCGUUGCACUAUUGGCAGCAUGCAGCCAUUGUGGCAUGGUUGAAGAGGCUCGUCAAUACUUUGAAGCAAUGACUAUGAAGUAUCAUAUCACUCCAAAGGUUGAACACUAUGGUGCAAUGGUGGAUACAUUGUCACGAGCUGGGUUGCUGGAUGAAGCAUACAACUUGGUGAGCUCAAUGGCCGUGAAACCUGAUGCUGUGAUAUGGAGGGCAUUGCUUAGUGCUUGCCGUAGGUACCAUCAAACCAAAUUUGGUGAUGUCACUAUUGAGCAGAUAGCAUGCCAGGGCAGUGGCGAUUAUACCCUUCUUUCAAAUAUCUACUCAUCAAUAAACAGGUGGGAUGAUUCAGAGGAAGUAUGGAAAGAGAGGAAGAAAAGGAAAGUAAGGAAGAUAAAGGGCUUGAGUUGGGUUGAGUUAGGGGGAAGCACCCAUGAAUUCAAAGCUGGGGACCGGUCCCAUCCUUAUUCUGAUGAUAUUUUCCGAGUGCUGCAUGGUUUAUCAGAAAAAGCGAAGGUUGAAGGCUAUACUCCAUCCAUUGAGUUAGUAACAAAAGAUGUUUCACCAGAGGAAAGAGAAGAAAACCUCAGCUUCCACAGUGAGAAGCUUGCAGUAGCUUAUAGUGUCCUUAAGACUGGUCCAGGGACAGAAAUAUUUGUGUCAAAAAAUCUGCAGACAUGUGCUGACUGUCAUGAAUGGAUCAAGAUAAUCUCGAAGGUACUUUGUCGUGUUAUAAUUAUGAGGGAUAGGGUCCGAUUUCACCGCUUUGAAAGCGGGUGCUGCUCCUGUAAAGAUUACUGGUGAGCCCUUGAUGGAGCAACACAUAAGUGAUUUGUAUAUCAUCCUACCAGCAGUUUUGUUGGAAGCCAUCAAUGUACCUAAAUAAUAUGGUCAUUUUCUAUUUGGAAGCUUGGAGCUUAGGUGGUGCACAUCAAUGAGCCAAUGACAAAAUAUAAGCCCCGAAGACAUACUCUCAGCAUAUGUGGUCUAUUGAUUGACACACUUCUACAGAACUAUAAUCUGCGAGCUGUGGGAUCAAGAUAGAGAGACUCUUUGCUGGAUUUGUGUUUUCUCUGAUUUAUUUGGUUUCUCAUGGUUUUGUACGUGUUUCAUAGAAAAUUGGCACCAUAGUAUUGUCUGGUCUGCUAUAAUUUUUUGGACACAUACUCGCAGUUCUAUUUUUGGUGGUUUACUUGUGCUGACAUUGCAUGUCGUGAUAUAUAUCUAAUGACUUCAUUAUUAUUAUUAUUUGGUUACAUUUUUGCAUAUCUCUAGGUUCACUAGUUUUAAGUUUGACAAAUUCCAACUAAUAAUGAUUGUUUGCUCAUCAUUUCAGGAUUAA